CACGAAACGAGCUGUCAUCAUCAUUGACAGCAGCCACAACACCAAAACAAACAAGACAAUAGAAAGACCCAACUGCAGCUGCUUCAAUGUCGCCCAUCAAUCCUGACCAUGUCAACCGCAUCGCCGAGUUCCUCGCGCACGAGCAAAUCCCCCCCAACCACCCCCCGGCGAAGACGGACUGCAUCGUGAUUUGUGUCUCUGCCGUCCUGCAACCCGCAGAAACGGUCUUCCGGCACUUGGAAUACAACCCUCAUUUAACCAACACCCUAGUCUUUUGUGGCGGAAUUGGCCAUUCCACCCCCCACCUCUACGAAGCCGUGGCCAGCCACCCGCACUACGCCCAUCUGGCCCCCGAAAUCCAUGGGAAACCCGAGGCCGCCGUCCUCUACACCAUCUUCACCAAGUGCUUCCAGGCGUCGCACAUCCAGAAGGCCGGGUGUACUGUUCUCCUGGAGGAUAAAUCCACGAAUUGCGGCCAGAAUGCCAUGGAGACCCGUGCACUAUUGGAAAGGAACGGGAUCCCGGAACCCAGUUCGAUGAUUAUUGUGCAGGAUCCGACCAUGGCCCGACGGACCGUUGCCUCAUUCAACAAGGCCUACGCUCCGAGCCCCCCUGAACUGCUCAGCUGGCCGACGAUCGUGCCGAGAGUGAAGUUGCAGGGGGAGCAGCUGGUGUACGACGUGCCGGGGUUCCUGACGGAGGAACUCUGGAGCAUGCCACGCUUUCUGGGCCUCCUCAUGGGAGAAAUCCCACGACUGCGGGACGACGAGGAAGGGUAUGGGCCCAGGGGAAAGGAUUUCAUUGGCCAUGUCGAUAUCCCCGACGAAGUUGAGCGGGCGUUUCGAACACUCGACGGGGCGGCAGGCGUGGGUUUAGCGAAGAGGUAACCCCGUCCUUCAGAGUCCCAGGACCUCUCCUUUGUAGAAUCAAAACAUUCGGGACAGACGUCCAGUGGUCGACCUCAUAUCGUAAUGAAGAUCCGAAAACAUCCUUUACCUAAGUCGACAUACUGCGUAUUCGUCUCGAGACGCUCUCCAGCAUCGCUUUUCUACGAACGUCAACC